GCCAUUUCCAAGGCUGUCAGAGAACCCAGUGACCUGGCAAUGGGACAGAGAAAGUAGCGUGGCGGUGGAUUGGCUUUCACCUCCUGAUACUCGAGUUUCAAUACAUGGCCUCAGGAAUGGAUACCUCUCCCCUACGCGGAGCAAGAAAGAACGGGAGUGAAGAUAUACAUGUACACAAGACAUGGGAAAUGGAUAACUUCUCCCUGCUAUGCGAUGAGAAAGACACUCGUGAAGAAUGUGCGCAACACCGAUUUUUGAGAGGAUUUGACAUUCUGGGUCGUUGGUGAAGCCACCACUAGUCUUCACAAUUGUCAGAGAUGACUUGAGUGGAGAGAUAUGUGUUCUAGUUGGAGGCAAAAUAUAACACUUUGCUUACAUUUGAGUAUGAUGGACAUAAUGAGGGGAAAAUCAUGGUGUGGUCUAUUCUAAGGAUACAGCGCUACUUCAGACGGAAGCCUUUGCGUUUCUUUAUCUUCUUACUGGUUUACCUCGUGGCCGGGAGCCUUUAUUACGCACACACUGGCUUUUUUAGCAAUACAGCGGCUGAUGUCCACAAACUGGUGUCUGAAAGGAGCAUGGGUGGUCCAUCCUCUUCCGAGGUGAAGCUUUUUAGAACUACCAAAGGAUCGACUCUUUGGCAUAGGCCUUCCUGGAUUAUAGUGAAUAAGCAGGAGGAUCAAAAACAGGGUGACCACAAAAGAGGCAAAAUUACCAGCACAAGUCAAGGGGAGAAUAAUAAGAGGAACAAAUAUGUGGAUGAUGAACAAGCAAAAUACAUUGGCUGCUACAUUGAUGACGUGCGGAACAGGGCUCUGAGAGGAAUUACGUUUUUUGACUACAAAAGGAUGACUGUCUUCCGUUGCCAGGACAACUGUGCAGAGAGGGGCUACUGGUACGCUGGUUUGGAGUUUGGAGCAGAGUGCUACUGUGGUCAGAAAAUUCAAGCACCCAGUGUUUCAGAGAGUGAGUGCAAUAUGGAGUGCAAAGGAGAGAAGACUGAUCUUUGUGGGGGUGCCAACAGACUAUCCAUAUACCGCAUGGAACUCAGCCAGGAGUCAGCGCGCCGCCAUGGAAGCGCCAUCUUUAAAGGAUGUUUCCGUCAACCACAUAAUGCAACAAAGGCACUACCAAUCAGUGCAUCAAUCAGCAAUAUAUCUGUAGAUAAAUGUGUUGACAUGUGCACAGAGAAGGAGCUUCCUCUGGCUGCACUGUCAGCACAGCGCUGCUACUGUGGCUUCCCCACUACUCUAUUCAACCUACACGACCGCGAAGACGAGAGCCAGUGCAUGCAGCACUGCAACGGGGAAGAAUUUGAAACCUGUGGAAAUGAUCAAUUCUUUGUGGUGUACCAAACCCAGGUCCAAGACCAUCGCUGCAUGGAUCGAAGGUUCCUUCAGACUCGUUCUAAGACAUUUGUAGCCCUAGCGAGUUUCCCUGGCGCAGGAAAUACCUGGGUGCGUCACCUCAUCGAGUUGGCAACAGGGUAUUACACAGGAAGCUAUUACUUUGACGGGUCUUUGUAUAACAAAGGUUUCAAAGGGGAGCGUGACCACUGGCACAGGGGCAGAACGAUCUGCAUAAAAACCCAUGAGAGUGGCAAGAAGGAGAUAGACGCGUUUGACAGGAGUAUUCUUCUCAUUCGUAACCCCUACAAGGCCUUGAUGGCUGAAUUCAACCGCAAAUAUGGUGGACAUAUCGGGUUUGCCUCCCAAGCACACUGGAAGGGUAAAGAAUGGCCAGAAUUUGUGAACAAUUAUGCACCUUGGUGGGCCUCCCAUACACUUGACUGGCUGAAUUUGGGGAAGAGUGUGCACGUGGUCCACUUUGAAGCAUUGAAGAGGGACCUUUUUGCUGAACUGAAAACACUUGUGAUGUUCUUGGGUCUGGAGGUGUCCGAGGACAGGCUACUUUGUGUGGAGGGUCAGAAAGACGGCAACUUCAAGCGGUCAGGCUUGAGGAAACUCGAGUACAAUCCCUACACUCCUGAGAUGCAAACCGUUAUCAACAACCUCAUCAAGACAGUUGACUUUGCUCUGAAGAAAAGGAAUAUGACGGGUGUUCCAGCAGAGUACAGACCAAGAUAAUUACACUUUUCCUUGUUCUUUCAACUGUUGUUUAUUCCCCAACCACUAUGAACAGUAUUGUUUUGCAUACCUGGUUUCACGGAAUGGAGAAACAGGAUGUACUGUAUAUCACUGAUUCUUGAAAGUUUGGCAAAAACAUGUCCCAAUCAUAAAAGAGCUCAUUUUUGUUGAAAAUCGAUUACAUUUUCAUGAAUAAUGAAAAAAUCAGCCGAUCAAGGGGUCUGUUACACAUGUGUACAAACUACAUUUGUUUAAGGUUUAAUUAUAAUUUUAUUAUAUUUCAUUACUGUUCACUCUCUCCCUCCCAUAAACCCUGCUGUCCUAAGCAUGGACAUAAUCAUUUCAGUUGAUUAAAAAUGGAAAAACCUCCCUGAUGGAGUUGAAUAAUGUUGCCAUUGCAUGGAAGAGCAUAUUGAAAUAAUUCUACAGAACAACAAACGGUGAGUUUAGAACCACAUUUUAUUUUUUACUUUUUGUUUUAUUAUUUUCUGAUUGUUCGAAUUGCGUUCCACUGUCAGAUAUUUUUUCAAGGCAAUAAUAAAUUCAGCUCUGCAUAAGAUCAUCUGCUUUACUGAGGACCUCCUUUCAAACCUUCAGCUCUACUGUAUGCU